AUGACACUUCUUGUGUUUCUUCACUAUUUUAGUUGUGUGAUAUCUAGUUUAAAACAACAACUCGACUUGUUUUUAUAUUACAACGGCUUAGCAGGGGAGUCAGUUACUGUGUCUGUUGCAGUUCUGCUGAAAUUCACAAAUUCCCUGAUUUUAAAACAAAUUAUUUCUCUGUUUCAGCUGCAGGCUCGUUUGGUGAUGAGUGUCAUUGCAGUCCUGUCUGUGAAUAUUGUGACAGCCAACAUGUUACUGAGUGUCUUCUUUCUUUCAGGUGUUUGGGCUGAUUGUCCUCAACAGCCAGCAGGCCUCUUCAUCACUGCACCACAGAAGAUGGAAGCACUGAAUGGCUCUUGUUUGCAAAUCCCAUGUAACUUUAGUGCUAAAGCAGAACAAGAGUUUGACAGCAGCAGAGAAACCUUCGGAGUGUGGAUUAAAAGUGACUCCAGGUUUGGCAUCAAUCCAGACAAUGUGAUUUUCAACAGUAGCAGGACAGUUAACAUCUAUCCAAUGAGGAUUACUGGAAACCUGAGUCAGAAAAACUGCACCACUAUGUUUUCAAGUUUACUCACAAGUUAUACAAACACAUACUUCUUCAGAAUUGAGAACAAACCAUUCAUGUCAACAGCAUCUUGUGAUCCUCUUCAAAUAACAGUUAAAGAUUCUCCUCCGAGCCCCAGAAUUGAGAUCCUAGCUGAUCUGAAGGAGAAGCAGUCUGUCACUAUAACCUGCUCAGCUUCCACUCCCUGUCCACACUCCCCUCCUAAACUCACCUGGAACCUCCAACAAGACUCUCACAGCAACACAGAGGAAAACACAGAUCGAACCUUUACAACUAAAAUCCAGGAGACCAUCACUCUGUCAGACCAACAUGAUGGAUACAACAUCACCUGUUCUGCCAGAUAUCCUGUGAAUGAAGGAAAAGAUGUCAGGACAGCAGAGGAGAGAAAGACUCUCAGUGUUUCAUAUGCUCCUAAAAACACCUCAGUGUCCAUCAGUCCAUCAGGUUUGGUGUCAGCAGGUAGCUGGGUGACCCUGACCUGCUCCAGCAGAGCCAAGCCUCCCGUCAGCCGCUUCACCUGGUUCAAGAACAGCACAGAUGGACCCAUGACUGUAUCUGAAGGAGAGGUUUACAGCUUCAAGGUGACCAAUGUCACUGAUGGAGGAGUUUAUUACUGUGUGGCCAUAAAUGAUCUCGGUGAUGAGACGUCAUCACAGAUUAAUUUGAUGACUGCAGAUGCUCCUAAAAACACCUCAGUGUCCAUCAGUCCAUCAGGUUUGGUGUCAGCAGGUAGCUGGGUGACCCUGACCUGCUCCAGCAGAGCCAAGCCUCCCGUCAGCCGCUUCACCUGGUUCAAGAGCAGCACAGAUGGACCCAUGACUGUAUCUGAAGGAGAGGUUUACAGCUUCAAGGUGACCAGUGUCACUGAUGGAGGAGUUUAUUACUGUGUGGCCACAAAUGAUCUCGGUAAUGAAACAUCAUCAGAGAUCCAUCUGACUGUUGAAGAAGACGUUCACUCUGUACAAUGGCAGGCAGUUCUUGGAGGGAUCGUUGGGAUCAUUGCACUCAUCUGCCUGGUUGUCUGUGUUUGGUGUUUAAAGUCAACACGUCCAACUACACAACAGACUCAGAGUCAAACAUACGAAGAGCUGCCAUUUCAAGACCCAGCAAGUAAAACUGAAGAAAAAGCAGAAGCCAUCCAUUAUGGAGAGAUCGACUUCUCCAAGGGGAAACAUGAUUGGUCCUCUGACUCAGUGCAGGACAGUGGACAGCAGCAGGAUACUCUGUAUGCACAGGUCAAAGUGUCCCAGCCAGCAAACAGCUUAACACAGACUGCUGACGGCCCAGAGGAUCUCUACGCUCAAGUGAAGAAAAAAUGAGUGUGUUGUGGUCACAUUUGGACUGCAUUCUUACUCUUUAUUUACUUUGUCAGUUAAUUUAAAGAGAGACACUGGACAGGAAAAUAUCUUCAAGACCUCCACACCCUGCAGCUGGUUUCAUCUUUCACACGUUAUCACAUUAAGUUGUUGUCAAAUGUAUGUGCUGACCUCAUACGGACGUUGAUGCUGUGUGAUAAGUCGUCUCUUUUUCAGAAAUGAGCAAGUGAAAAAGGGAACUAUUCUAAAUGACAUGAGAAUAAAUUACUGUGAACUUGAACCCAAAGCUUUUUUAUACGCACAUUACUAGUGUUGUAAUAUUAUAUUUGAAAUGUUCAUUUUGCAAUAUUUUACAAUUAAUUUUUAACAAGGCAUUUUAAAUCUAAUCAUUUGUCACAUUUUGUAGCCCAUGUUUUUUUUUUUGUAUUUUAAUCACUUCAAAAAUAAAUGAGGCGUCGUCUCUGCAUCUGAAGAUAUUUAUUCAUUGCUCUGUAAUAAAUACCUUGGCAUACAUCUUCUUAAAAUUCCUUUUAAUCUCAGUCGCAUUUAUUGGUCCAACAUUUCACAUAGUGUGUAAACAUCAUAUUAAAUCAAACAAUUCAAUUACAAA